AUGGAUCUUCUAGAGGAGCUCCCUGAACAAAUAUUUCGAGACAUCUUAUUAAAAGUGCCAUACAAAUUUCAACAACAGAUUAAACAGUUGUUGGAACCUGCUAAAGAAAUGAUGGAAUGUCCCCAGUUUUAUCAAGAUAGAAUUAAGUUUGGGUUGGCAGAGAAAUAUAUAUGUUUGCUCGGGACUGCUGCGAUAUCUCUCUACGAUCCAGUUGAUCAAUCAUGUAUAAUGCGCAUUACUAUUCCCAGUGGUUUCCAAGCCUCGUCGGAUUCGCAGAUUCUGUGUGUUAAACGUAACAUUAUUUUGGUGGGCUUGAGUUUUCAGGGCAAACAUACUACAGAGACUCUGAUAUAUGAUGUAUUAUCUAGUUCAUGGAAGCAAGCUGCUCAAAUUCCAACUGCCAGAUCCUGGUUUGCAUGUUGUGCCUCACCCGAAGGAUCGAUUUACAUUGCGGGAGGACGUACCAAUUUUAAUCCUCGUCGUGCCCUCCGUGAUGCAGCAGUUUAUAAAGUAGAUGAAGACAAGUGGGAGCUUCUUCCUGAGAUGCACCAAGAAGUUGGCGUCUGUACGGGUGUGUCUUUUAAAGGAAUGUUUUAUGUCAUUGGUAAUACAUGUCAGAGAUUUGAUUCCAACACAGGACUAUGGUCAACAGUAAAUAUGGUUGGGCAAAGUUUAUUAUCCAUCUACGUUCUAUUUGAACAACUAAUUGGUUUUGGCACGAAUAGAAUACAACAAUAUGAUUGGAAAGGAAAUGUGUGGAGGGAACUCGAUCCCCUCCCCCAAGAGCUUGUGCAGGUUAGUCCCAGAGUGUGGUGGGGUCAAAUUUAUGCCACUGUGUGGUGGGAUCGAAUUUUUUUGUGUGGAAAAGAUACAGAUUCCAUCGAUCAGCCAACCAUUUUUUAUAUGUAUAAACCUGGAGCACCUCUGUCUGAGAGGUGGAUUUCUCUUGACAGACUGAACUUAGUGGACAUGGAAGUCGUAUCUGUUUCGACGAUAGAAAUUUAA